UAUCAAUAUGCAAGACAAACAUUAAAUUACCACCCACGCCUCUGUCUUGUUUUGUACCAGUAUAAAUUUGCAUCCUUAUAAUAACUUAUCAACCCUAUCUUAUACACUACCCUACCCCUUUUUAUUCCUUCUCUUGUAUCCCUUCGCUUUGUUUCAACUUUGAACUUACGUAUUCACAAAUAUAAUAUAAGGUUAUAAUUUGUAACUAAACAAAAAAUGGUUAAGAAGAUCUGUGGAAUUGGAGCUGGAUAUGUAGGGGGUCCAACAAUGGCUGUUAUUGCCCUCAAAUGUCCUUCAAUUGAAGUAGCUGUGGUUGACAUCUCUCACUCUCGCAUAUCAGCUUGGAACAGCGACAAACUCCCUAUCUAUGAGCCUGGCCUAGAAGAAGUUAUACAACAAUGUAGAGGAAAGAAUCUCCUCUUCAGCACUGAUAUAGAAAAACAUGUUUAUGAAGCGGAUAUAAUCUUUGUUAAUGUCAACACACCAACAAAAACAAGUGGCCUUGGAGCUGGCAAAGCGGCGGAUUUAACUUAUUGGGAAAGUGCAGCGAGAAUGAUAGCCGAUGUUUCAAGAUCAAACAAAAUUGUCGUUGAGAAAUCAACUGUUCCAGUUAGAACAGCUGAAGUAAUUGAAAAGAUUCUAGUCCACAAUAGCAAUGGCAUGGUCAAGUAUCAAAUUUUGUCAAAUCCUGAAUUUCUUUCUGAAGGAACUUCCAUUCAGGAUCUUCUAAAUCCUGAUAGGGUUCUAAUUGGAGGAAAUGAUAAGAAUCUUGGAGGUCAAGAAGCUAUUCAAAAAUUGAAAGCUAUAUAUGCUAAUUGGGUUCCUGAAGAUAGAAUCAUAACUACCAAUCUUUGGUCUGCUGAACUCUCUAAGUUAGCUGAUAAUGCUUUUUUGGCUCAAAGAAUUUCUUCCAUCAAUGCCAUGUCAGCUUUAUGUGAGGCUACUGGUGCAGAUGUUUCACAGGUUUCUUGUGUUUUAAGUAAAAACACCAAACUUGGUUCUAAAUACUUAAAUGCCAGUGUUGGUUUUGGUGGCUCUUGUUUUCAAAAAGAUAUACUCAACUUGGUUUAUAUAUGUGAGAGUAAUGGACUCGUUGAAGUGGCUAAUUAUUGGAAAGAAGUAAUCAAGGUGAAUGAUUACCAAAAGAGUAGGUUUGUAAAAAAAGUCGUGACAUCCAUGUUUAACACAGUUUCAGGUAAGAAGAUUGCGGUUCUAGGAUUUUCCUUCAAGAAAGACACUAGUGAUACAAGGAAAACUCCUGCGAUCGACGUUUGCAAAGGUCUUUUGGCAGAUAAUGCUUGCUUGAGCAUUUACGAUCCGCGGGUAAGUGAAGAUCAGAUUCGGACAGAUUUGUCUACGAAUGAGAUUCGUUGGGACUGUUCAACUCAGGUGAAGCCGGCGAGUUUUACUAAUGUGAAGCAGGUUAGUGUUUUUGGGGAUGUUUAUGAGGCAACUAAAGAUGCUCAUGGGAUAUGUGUUCUUACUGAAUGGGAUGAGUUUAAGACAAUUGAUUAUCAAAAAAUAUUUGAUAGUAUGGAGAAACCAGCAUUUGUUUUUGAUGGUAGAAAUGUUUUGGAUGUUGAUAAGUUGAAGAAAAUUGGAUUUAUUGUAUACUCAAUUGGGAAACCAAUAGACCAGUGGGUGGAUUGCUAGCUUCUAUGUUCUGUCCAAAUAAAAAUGUCAUUGCUUUGAGGUUAUAUCUAUAUUGUAUAAGAUAUCAAGAGUAUUACUCAUGUAUCAGUGAGAGUGAGAAUUUAUAUCAAAAUAAAUAAAUACCUUUUAUUUAUUGAUAAAAGUAAAUUGAUUCCAAUA